AUGUUCAGGAGGUGUUCGGGAGAUGAUCAGGAGAGGUUCAGGAGGUGUUCAGGAGGUGUUCAGGAGUUGUUCAGGAGUUGUUCAGGAGUUGUUCAGGAGGUGUUCAGGAGGUCUUCAGGAGUUGUUCAGGAGUUGUUCAGGAGGUGUUCAGGAGGUGUUCAGGAGGUGUUCAGGAGUUGUUCAGGAGUUGUUCAGGAGGUGUUCAGGAGGUGUUCAGAAGGUUUUUGGGAGAUGUUCAGGAGGUGUUUGGGAGAUGUUCAGGAGGUGAUCAGGAGAGGUUCAGGUGAUCAGGAGAGGUUCAGGAGGUGA